GUGACAAUUAAUUUGCUUUUUCAAAUCAAUUACUGUAGCACUUAUUAUUUAUCUAAUUUUAUUAAUGUUGUGAUGGUAUUAUUUCUGAGUUCAAUGCAUGAAAAAAUUUGAUAGUCAUGGUUCAAUGUAGUCAAUCCGUUCUGUACCUUUUACAGAUUACUUUAUUAUUUAAAAUAUUGUUUCACUAAUCGUUACUAUAAUAUAAUAAUAGUUAAUUGUUAUGUUUAACUUUGUAGUCUAAAUUUAUCCUCUUAAAAUAGUCACUCAAAUAAUAACAACUAUGUGGACUAUAUUUUCAAGAGACUCAUCUAAAGACUUUCCAUACGAAAUCAGCGAAUCCCCAAAUUAUAGGUUCAAUGAAAAAAGUCUAUGGAAACUGAAUAAAGGGAAAAAAAAGAAUACGGCACAAGAAGUUUCCAUUUUUGAAUUUUUAAUCAAUGAUGACAUUCCAGGAGGUGAAACUCGUUCAGCACUUGCUAAAUCAGCUGUAAAACAUUUGAAGACUUUAAAACAUCCAAAUAUUCUUAGUUUUUUGGAAAGCUCCGAAGUUAAAACUAUAAUAUAUUUAUCUACUGAGUAUGUUGAGCCACUUCAAUCAUUUAUAUCAUCUCAAGACAAUCUUCAUACAGAUAUUAUGAAACAAUAUAUUGCUUGGGGAAUAUCCAAUAUAAUAGAAGGAUUAAAAUUUUUAAACUUUGAAGCCAAACUCUGCCACAAUAAAGUCAAUAUCUGGUCAGUAUUCGUAAAUAAAGCCGGACAAUGGAAAUUAGGUGAAUUAGAGUACAUGAAUGCCGUUGAAAAUUCUCCACCUUCUUAUGCUAGUGAUUUAUAUCGUGCUCCCGGACAUCGGCAAUCACCAUUUUCAAUUGACGUUUGGGGCCUUGGUGUACUAAUAUGGGAAGUAUUCAAUGGUCCAUUAAGCAACCAAUCAGCCUUAAAAAAUUCAAAAAUGAUUCCUAAAGAGAUUAUGACAAUUUAUCCAAGGUUGAUAGCUGUAGAUCCUAUGAACCGUCCAUCAUAUGAUACUGUGAUUUCUAUGUUACAACAACAAGGAUAUUUUGGUAAUGAUUUGGAAAAAACCAUGACAUCAUUGAGCCAAUACCAUUUGUUAGAUGAUUUUCAACGAACAGAAUUUCUCGAGAAAUUACCUGGUUUACUGGAAAAAUUUCCUAAAAAUAUAGCCCUGUACAAUGUGUUACCUAGUCUUCUUGAAAUGUUUAAUUAUGUCAAAGAGCAAAAAUUUAUAUUUUCUUCAUUGAUAAAGUUAAGUACAAUGUUAGAUGAUCAGGAGUUUGAAGAAAAAAUAGUACCUUGUAUUAUUAAACUAUACGAGUCCAAUGAUCGAGCUACCAGAUUAUUAUUACUUAGUUCAAUUGAAAUAUAUGCAAAACGAUUAAAAGCUGAUUUAUUGAAUACUAAUAUAUUUCCAUUAUUAGUAAGUGGCAUGGCUGAUGCUAAUCCAAGUAUAAGAGAAUUGACUGUUCGAAGUACUUUUUAUAUCAGCUCAAAAUUGAAUUAUAAUAAUUUAAAUGUGGAGUUAAUGCGGCAUUUUGCUCGCUUACAAAUGAAAGAUGAACAGGUUAGUAUAAGAACCAACACCACUAUAUGUUUGGGUAAAAUAGCUCAACAUUUAGACCCAAAAAAUAGGAGUAAAAUAUUAUUCUCUGCAUUUAGUCGUGCACUCAAAGAUCCAUUUGCACCAUCAAGAAUAGCAGGUGUUGCAGCAUUUUCAGCCACUCAACAAUAUUAUCCUUUGAUUGAAGUAUCGACCAGAGUAUUGCCAACAUUAUGUCAAAUAACUCUUGACCCUGAAAAAGAAGUACGAAAUAUUGCUUUUCAAACAAUCAAAGGAUUUUUAGGAAAGCUUGAAAAUGUAUCAGAAGAUGAAAGUUUAAAAGAAAAAAUGGAAGAAGAAGUCAACAGUACUACAAAUCCAACCAUACCCACAUGGGCAGGAUGGGCAGUCUCCACGGUAACUUCCAAAUUGUAUUCAUCCAAAAAUCCUCAAAAGGAUGAAAAAUCAAUUAACUUAAUGAAGAAUAACUCAGAAAAUACCAACGUGAACAACUGUGAACAGAUGUAUAGCAAUUCACUGAAAGAAAAUACUGUGAAAAAUGUACAUAACGAGAAACAAGUAGAAAAUGUAAAUACGUUACAGAAUUCACUAAAUCACAAAAAUUCCUUGGAAGAUUCUACAUCAACCAAUGACUGGGAUGAUAACUCUGGAUGGAAUAUUGGAGAUGAUUGGGAAAGUGUUGACACUUCGAAAUCUGUUAAAGAUAAUUCUGAUUUUGGUUGGGAAGAUCAAGAGCCUAUUUUACUGGACAAUUCUGAUGAAAUCGCAAAAAAAGCAGAAGCUGAGUUGUUAAAAGAAGAAAUGCGUAAAAAACGUGAAGAAAGAAAACAAGAACGUAUAAAACAAUUAGAAUUAAAACGAAACAGCAAACAAUCCUUAAAAUUAGGUGGUAAAAGAUUAUAACUAAGAAAAAUAGUUAACACAAAAAAAUGUUUAGAUUUUUCUAAGAACUAUAAAUAAUAUUUAAACAAAUCAAAUAAAUGAAUUACUA